CGGAAGAGACGGGUGGCGAAAACCGAAGAGGAAAUCAAAAUCUUCCAUUAAAAAAAUAACAGUGAAGAGUCUUCUCCUACGCCAUCAGCAAGAUGUCAUUGCAGUCUUUCGUUUCAAGCUUUACGCCUGUCCAUUUUCCCCGGAGCUUCUCUCUCCUCUCCUCAAAAUUAUCGAGGCCAAGAAUGUCAUCGUCGACCUCGUCCUCAGUUGCGAUUCCUCUUCCUGAUAAUCGCGUCGUCCUUGGUGUUGGUGGUACGUCUGUUGAUUUCUUGGCGGCAGUGGCUUCUUAUCCAAAUCCUGAUGACAAAAUUAGAACCACAAGUUUAAAGGUACAAGGUGGGGGGAAUGUGGGGAAUGCUUUAACUUCUGCAGCUCGGUUGGGUUUAACACCAAGGAUAAUUUCCAAGGUCGCAAAUGAUAGUCAAGGAAGGAGUAUAGUCGAAGAGCUAGAAGCUGAUGGGAUAGAUACAUCUUUUCUUGUAGUUUCUGAAGGGGGUAAUUCACCAUUUACCUAUGUUAUUGUGGAUAAUAAAACGCACACCCGUACAUGCAUCCACACUCCAGGAUCUCCUCCCAUGGUGCCAGAUGACCUUUCACGAUCAAACUUGUUGUCUGCUUUAAAUGGUGCCAGACUUGUUUAUUUUGACGUUAGAUUGCAUGAAACUGCUUUGAUUGUUGCACAAGAGGCAGCUCGGCAGAAUAUACCUAUCUUGAUUGAUGCAGAAAGGAAAAGGGAAGGUCUGGAUGAUCUACUGGCACUUGCCAAUUAUGUUGUCUGCUCAGCAAGAUUUCCACAGGAAUGGACAGAGGCACCAUCAAUUCCAUCUGCACUUGUUUCCAUGCUUCUCCGACUUCCAAAACUCAGAUUUGUGAUUGUCACCUUGGGUGAAAAUGGAUGCAUAAUGCUGGAAAGAUGCACUAAUGAGAUACCUGAUCAGAUGGAAGAGUUUGAAAUAGACAGCUUACUUGGAGUGAUCAAGGGCAGAAAGGAUGAGAAUAUAAACGUUCCAACUUACGUUUCAUCGCCAGCGGCCAAGUUGAGAGCUGAGGGGAUAGGGACAGUCUGUGGAAGGCUGUUGCUCGGGACAGCUGAAAAAAUACCAGAAUCUGAAAUUGUUGAUACUACCGGUGCUGGAGAUGCAUUUAUUGGAGCGGUUCUUUAUGCAUUAUGUGCCAACAUGCCACCGGAGAAGUUGUUGCCAUUUUCCUCCCAGGUGGCUGCUGGAUGUUGUCGGGCUUUGGGUGCUCGAAGUGGUCUUCCUCAUCGUACAGAUCCACGCCUGGCAUCUUUCUUAUGUUAGAAGUUCCCAAUGGAUCACCAUUAACUUAACUAUUCUCAGUUCACUCUAUUGACUCGUUACAUUUUAUGUUGCUACCUUAUGUAAAAUGUAUUUCAGUCCAAAGCAAGAACUUUGAUUUAGUAGCAGCAGGGGUAUUGAGUUUCGUUCCAUGUCUCUUUCUUUUGAAUUUAUUUAACAGGUUUACGGCAGCCAAAAAAGGGGGAAAACAAGGGCAAGUACGAGUGCGAGAUUGGAUGCUUUCUUCAAGUGAAACAGUUAUUAUGGGAGGAAAUCUUUGCCAGGAUUACAUUGCAUUGCUAGUAUAUUAUUGCUUUGGGAAGGUGGUUUCGAGGACAUCGCUGGAGUAGACAUGGAUACUCCACAAACUAUGCAGAGCGAUUCCUUCUGUCCUAUCCACUUCCAGGUACUACUGCACUUUGAUUUAUUACUUGAAUUAUCAUUGAAUCGGCAAAAAAAAACCUGGUUCACGUGGUCGGGAGGCCGAUUUUGGUCCUUAAAUGUGAGCCACAUGGCUAGCCCAUCUGAGUAUGGGCCUUUGAACUAAUGUCUUGGCCCAUGUAAAGAGUCCAAAACCAAGUCCAUUGGACGUUGGGCUUCUGUACCUUGGAAUUGGAAUAUUUAGGAAGAUUAGAUGAAAAUAGUGCUUAUCCUGGAAAAGAUCAUUCCAAAAUGCAUAUGAAAAUUUUAGUAAUAUUUUAAAUGGCCAACCAUGUUACCGAUCAAA